AUGACCUCGGACUUGGAACGGAAUGGUGAUGAACUGGACAUUCUUAAAGUUACGAAAGAAGGGCUGAGCAGCCGGAUCAAGGCAGCGCAAGCCAACGGCAGAACUCUGGUGUGGGUACCACAUGAAAAAGAUGGCUUUGUACUGGCGUUUAUCAUUAAUGAGCCCGACAGCGAAGGCUGUGUCGAAGUCGAGUUGCUCGAUUCACAUGAAAGGCACCGAGUCAGUCGCGACGACUAUCAAAAGGUGAAUCCACCCAGGUUCGACAAGUGUGAAGAUAUGUCAAGUAUGUCAUGUUUGAACGAAGCUUCGGUUUUGCACAACCUGAAGCAGCGCUACUAUUCCAACCUUAUAUACACUUACUCUGGUCUUUUCUGUGUCGUAGUAAAUCCAUACAAACGUCUUCCAAUAUACACUGAGUCAAUCGCGGAACAGUACAAGGGUAGGAAAAGAAAAGAAAUGCCUCCGCACAUCUUUGCAGUAACCGACGAAGCGUAUCGUAACAUGCUACAAGACAGAGAAGAUCAAUCUAUUUUGUGCACUGGUGAAUCCGGUGCUGGAAAAACAGAAAAUACGAAGAAGGUAAUCCAGUAUCUUGCGUACAUAGCAGGAACGCGUCUUCACAAGCACUUUGGAAACCAUGGCUCUGAUUCUCCAAGUCCCCGUUUUGUUGGACGCCUAGAGGAGCAGUUACUACAGGCAAAUCCUAUUCUGGAGGCGUUUGGAAACAGCAAAACGAUCAAAAAUGAUAAUUCAUCACGCUUUGGCAAAUUCAUCAGAAUUCAUUUUGACGCAUCUGGUUGUAUUUCUGGUGCAAAUAUAGAGUUUUAUCUUCUGGAGAAGUCAAGAAUUCUGCGGCAAUCGACUAUGGAAAGAUGUUUUCACAUUUUCUACCAACUUCUGCAUGGCGCUAGUCCCGCUUUGCAUGAUGAGUUGCUACUGGAGGCGAAUGUCGAUAAGUAUCACUUUUUCUCCAAUGGCGAUAUAACUAUACCAGGAGUUGACGAUGCAAACGAAUACGAGGAAACUAUGCGUGCUAUGAACAUAGUUGGUUUCCAGGAUUCUGAAAUCCAAGCGAUUCUUCGUAUCGUUUCGGCAGUAAUGCUAUUUGGAAAUCUACAGUUCUCACAAGAAAGUAAAAACUCCGACCAAGCGGUUCUUCUGAACGAUGGCGUGGCACUUAAGAUCUGUAACCUUCUCGGGCUUAACCUUGGAGAAAUUAUGAAAGCAUUUCUCAAGCCCAAAAUCAAGGUGGGACGCGAAUACGUGCAUCGCAGCCAGAAUGAAGAACAAGCGAAAUUUUCAGUUGAGGCUAUCUCGAAAGCGAGUUAUGAGAGGUUAUUCAGAUGGCUGGUGCAGCGUUUGAACAAAUCCUUAGAUAGAACUCGGCAGCAUGCUAUUUCAUUUGUGGGGAUCCUUGACAUCGCCGGAUUCGAAAUAUUCGAGAUGAAUUCUUUUGAACAGUUGUGCAUAAACUACACUAAUGAGAAGCUGCAGCAGCUGUUCAAUAAUACGAUGUUUGAAAAGGAACAACAAGAAUAUCUAAACGAGGGGCUCGAAUGGGAUAUGAUCGACUUUGGUCUCAAUUUGAAGCCAACUAUUGACCUGAUUGAAAAGCCGAUGGGUGUCUUGUCUACGUUGGACGAUAUCUGUCUAUUUCCACAAGGAAACGAUUCAGGAUUCGUAGGAAGACUGACCGCGCAACACCAAAAUCACCCUAAAUAUAUUGUGCCUGAAAUGAGAUCGAAGAGCGAUUUCGCUAUUGUGCACUAUGCAGGACGUGUCGAUUACCAGGCGAAAGGAUGGCGUGUCAAAAACAUGGAUCCUCUGAAUGAGAACGUUGUUGAGCUGCUACAGCUCAGCAAAGAUCUUCUCGUUUGUGAGAUCUGGAAGGACGUGAGCGACAUGUGUUGUAUGGGAGCAACAGAAGUUGGCGAAGCUGCAACACUUUUUGGCGCUCGCGUCAAAAAAGGAAUGUUCCGCACUGUAUCUCAGAUGCAUAAAGAGCAACUGUCACGUUUAAUGACAACCUUGAAUAAUACAGCGCCACAUUUUGUGCGAUGCAUUAUCCCUAAUCAUGAGAAGAAGCAUGGUGUUUUGAAUGCUCAUCUUGUGUUGGAUCAGCUAAGAUGCAAUGGCGUUCUCGAAGGAAUCCGAAUCUGCCGUCAAGGUUUCCCGAAUCGAAUCACAUUCCAAGAAUUCCGGCAAAGAUAUGAGAAAGUUCUUGCUCCACAUGCAAUACCUCAGGGUUUUAUGGACGGACGGGAAGCAGUUCGCCGAAUCCUUGAAGCUAUUGAUGUGCAGCCUUCACUUUAUCGCAUCGGUCAAUCCAAAGUGUUUUUCCGUACGGGUGUCAUUGCCGGACUGGAGGAAGAUCGUGACGAGAAACUUGCUUUUCUUAUUGUCCAAUUUCAGGCGCUUUGCCGUGGCCAGUUGGCUCGUCGUAACUUCAAUCAACGGCGCGAACAAGCUGCUGCGAUUCGGAUUUUGCAACGCAAUGGGCGUGCCUGGAUGCGACUGCGCGAAUGGCAGUGGUGGAGACUAUUCACAAAGUUGUUUUAUGUGAAACCGCUGCUUGAAAUUACCAACAAAGACAUGGUGAUCGCCGAAAAAGAGCAAGAACUGAAAUCAACUUCAGAAAAGCUUAGAAGAAGUGAGAUCUUUAUCAAUGAUAUGUCUCGAACAAUCGAAAAGUUUGGGGAGGAACGGAAUCGCCUCCAAGAGAAGCUAGACUUGGAAAGUAUGGAGCGAGCAGAGGCGGAUGAAGCCCGUCAGCGUAUAGCUGCUCGUAAGGUUGAGCUGGAAGCAGCCUUGGACCAAAUGGAGAAGCAACUGCACGUCGAAGAGCAGCGUCGCGAGGCAGCUGAACGCGACAGAAAGAAGUUUUCGGAGAAUGUUCAUGACCUGGAGCUUCAACUAGAAGAAGAAGAACGCACACGUCAAAGCCUACACCUUGAGAAAGUUGAAGUGGAGAAGAAAUUGCGCGAUCUAGAAACGCGUGUCGUGGAACAUGAGGAAAAUGCUGCUCGUCUUGGAAAAGAAAAACGAGUGUUGGAGGAGCGAAUGAAAGACUUAUCAGCACGGCUCAUAGACGAAGAGGAAAAGGCUAAGUCACUGUUGAAGUUAAAGAACAAAGCAGAUAUUGCUUUAGUGGACUUACAAGAAGAAUUAGAAAAGGAAAGGCAGGCUCGUAGCGAUGCUGAAGCUGCAAAAAGAUCAGCUGAUACUGAUCUAAGGGAAGAAAGAGAUCUAGCAGCGGAGCGCCUUCGGAAGAUCGAAGAAUUUGCUCAGAUAAUCAGUCGCAAAGACUCCGAGUUAACACAAGUCAGACUUAAUUACGAUGAAGAGAUUGCGUUGAAACAACAAUUGGAGAGGUCUUUGCGAGAUCUGCAGUCCCAGUUAGAUGAAACUGUUGAGGAUCUUAAACAAGAGCAGUCGCUAAGAGCCAAGGCUGAAAAGGCCCGGCGAGAUUUGAGUGAAGAAGUGGAAAGCUAUAAAUUGGAGUUAGAAGAAACUCAAGAUAAGACCGCUUCUCAUCAUGCUAUGCGAACAAAACGUGAAGAAGAGUAUACCCUGUUGCAGAACCAACUGUCUGAAAGCAUUCGUGAGGCCGAUGAGAGAUACGAAGCAUUGCGUACUAAGUACCAGAAGCAAGUGGAAGAUCUAAGCGAGGAAAUGGAUCAACUGAAAAGGUCGAAAGCAGCGUCUGAGAAGGCGAAAGCUCAGCUCGAAAGUGAGUUAGUCAGCGCCCAAGCUGAACUCAGCAAUGCUCUAUCACUUCGCUCCGAAAAUGAGCGAAGAAGAAAGAUGGCAGAGAACCAGCUCACGGAUCAAGCAAACCGAUUGCAACAGUAUUGCGAAGAGAAUGAACAACUAGUUGCUAAAGUAGCAAAGCUUUCAAGUGAGCUUGAAGCCGCAACGAAGGCUCGUGAGUCUGAUGUGGAAAGAAAUGGGAACUUAUUGAAGAAAAUUGCUAAUCUUGACAUGAUGAUAGCUGAAAUGACAGAGGCAGCAGAGGAAUCAGACAGAAACCGUUCGAAUCUUACUGCAAAACUUCGAAAGACAGAGGAUGAACUCGCUGAAGUGCUCGACGCUCAGGAGGAUCUGAAGCAGGCUGCAGAAAAGGCGGAUAAGGAGGUAACAUCUCUGAAGUCUCAACUUGCCGAAACGCGCAAACGAUUUGACGAGGAGCUGGAACAACACGUCGGUGAUUUGCAACGAAAGGCAGCACGAGAUCUAGCUGAAGCUUUGAGUCGAGUCGAGGAAGCGGAUGCUGCUCGUGAAAAAGCUGAGCGUGCCAAGUUGAAGGCUCAGCAAGAGGCGGAUGAUGCAGCACGCGAGGUUGUAGAAACGACCUCCUUAUUAAGAGAAUGUGAACGUAAACAACGGAAGUUCGAUCAACAGCUUGCUGAAGAAAAAGCAAGCACAACUAAAGCAAUUAGCGAGAGGGAUACUGCCCAGCAACAGGUAAGAGACGCAGAAACUCGAUACCUUAAUGCAGUCAAGGAAACUAAGGAUCUUCAUGAUCAAAUCGAAGUUAUGGAGAAAGAACGCCGCAUGCUGCGGCUGGAAGUGGAUAACUUGGCGUCCACAAAGGAUGACGCUGGAAAAAGCGUUUUUGAAUUGGAAAAGGCAAAGAAACGUCUUGAGGAAGAACUGGCAGAAGCUAAGGACCAGAUUAUUGAACUGGAAGACGCGCUACAGAUAGCUGACGAUGCAAAGACCAGAGGAGAAGUCAUGCUACAAGCAGCUAAACAAGAUUUGGAGAGGCAACUGUUACAAAGAGGUGAAGAGGAGGAAGAUCAAAGGCGGUCCUUGAAUAAGAGAUUACGUGAACUUGAAGAAGAGAUAGGCAUGGAGCAGCGCCUUCGAUCUCAAGCUGUUCAGGCGAAGAAAAAGCUAGACGCUCAGUUACAAACGUUGCAAGAAGAUGUGGAACGUCUUGCUAAACAAAAUGAAGAAGCAAAUCGUCAAAUACGACGUGCUAAUUUGAGUGCCAAAGAAGCUGAGACGGAAGGAGCCGAAGCUCGAGCUGCUAUGGAUGAGGCGCUAUGUAAAGCUAGGGAUGCUGAAAAAAGACUACGAACUCUUGAAGCGGAACUUUCGCGACUAUCUGGGGAUUUAUCAACAAUCCAAACCGCACGAAGAAAAGCAGAAGCGGAGCGAGAUGAUCUUGCUGAAGAGAUAUCCAAUAUCCGCCAAGGUGGCCUUAUUGGACAAGAUGAGAAAAAGAGGUUUGAAAAACGCAUAAUGGAUUUGCAAGAAAUGCUCGAAGAAGAGCAGACUAGUAAUGAGUUAGUAAACGAGAAGCUUAAGAAAGCUCAAGCGCAGGUGGAACAACUAACGUCUGAACUUACAAUGGAGAGAUCGCUGUGUGAGCGCGCAGAUGCUGAUAAAGUCACACUAGAGCGUGCAUUGCGAGAUGUUAAAACGCAAUUGCAAGAUGCAGAAGCAAGUGCAGCUGCUCGUGUACGCACCCAACUUGCCACAGCUGAAGCCAAAACGCAAAUGCUAGAGCAACAGUUGCAGAAUGAAGAACAAGAGAAAAAUCGACUCGGUCGCCAGCUCCGGCGACUUGAGUCUCGAUUGAUGGAAAUGAAUGUACAGUUUGAAGAGGAAAAACGACAAACUGAGCAACACCGUGAAUCAUCUGAACGAGCGAACUGUCGUUACAAAUCGGAACGGCGUCGUGCCUGUGACCUGGAAGAAGAGCUGAAUAGUGCUAAUUCGAAAUGCCGUGAAUUGUCAAGACAGUUGCUGGAUGCAAAUGAAGCUAACGAUACUCUCACCAGAGAAGUAAACGCUCUACGAGCUCGUGUUGCGAUUGCUGGUGAUCGUCGUAUGAUUAGCUCGUCGCGUGAUAUGAGAAGAUUUGGCAGCAACAAUUCUCUAACGAGAGGUGACGACUUUGCUCCUAGCCUAGCACGUGGAUCGAGUUCGGUUGGUGGCAGUGAGGUCGGAGAAGCACGUCCGUCGUCGCGGACCACACCUGGCGGUUCGACUUAUGGUCCAAGUGAAGAUGGAGACUCCGUGAAAACAUAA